GCACCAUUUGUGUUGUUCCCAUCAGGCAUUGCGGCCAUAGUCAGCUCAGAAAUUAAAGAGUAACCGGCUAAUCAGAAAAAUAGUUGAUACAUCAUAAUAACAUUAUAACAACAGCCAUACAGAUAUUGAUGAGGAUUUCACAACACAGCAAGUAUGAGUCAUCGAAUUGAUGAUGUCAUGAAGCUGUGUUCAGAGUUAUCUGCCAAUCAGCAAAUCCAGACCACGGUGAAAGGCUCAGGGAAGGGAGCAGCAGCAGCUGGUGGACUGGCCUUCGCUGGAGGGUUAGUUGGGGGCCCUCUUGGUAUUGCAGUGGGCGGUGCUGUUGGAGGCCUGCUGGGCUGCUGGCUGACCAGUGGACAAUUCAAACCGCUGCCUCAGAUCAUCAUGGAGCUCAGUCCUCAGCAGCAGCAGAAGCUUUACGAUGAUCUUAUGGUCGUCCUGGGAGACGUUCAGUGGACAGAUUUGGCUCAGCUAACUGCUCUGGUGAUGGGCAACGCCACCUUGAAGCAGCAACUUACAGCCGCCCUUCUCGGGUAUAUUUCCAAGGAGCUCCAGGCGGAGGUGCACUACGUGGAUUAGUGUCUGUGGAAAAACUGGGAUAACCUGACUCAGGGGCGCACGUGCUCAGGAGGACGGAGUCUUUGAAAAAUAAUGUGAACUGGUGUUAUGAAGUUGGAGAGACUUUUUUCAUCAAAUGUCAAAUCACAUUUUGUAAAAUUGCACAGAUAUCACAGUCCUGGCAACAGGUUAGACUGGGUAACAUGAGGUUAGCAAAUGACUGGAUUAAUUUAUUAUGUGAGGUGCACCCAUCAGUUGAAGGAAUUAUUUAUUCAUUAAGCCUUUGAUGAUCCUGAUAAUCAUGGUUCAGAUACAAAGAUUUCAAUUCUAUGGAUUAUGCACUUAACUGUACAGUGUGGAAUGUUUUUGAUUUGAUAAUUUAUUAAGUUUAAGACUAGGAAUUGACCAGUAUAUGUGCACAGUAUAUUAUAUUUAAAUGAUUUCAUGAAUAAAAAAAAAAGGCUUGUGUA